UGACCUUCGUCUAAAACAGAAAAAAAUCCAAUAUAACUAAUAUUUCGAAAAUCCCCUUGGACCUAGUUUGAUGUAAAUUUAAAAAUAUGUCUACCGGCUUGGAACUUAGAGAACCGAUACGAUAGGUAGCUAAUUUAAUCCUAUUAAAGGAAACCUGAGACUUACAGGGUCCCGUAAGGUUUCAUCGCCUACUUGGUGAGCUUUGUGUCAGUUGUAAUAGCUGUGUUGGAGUUGAUUGUUGACUGGAUAUUGUGUUUAUGUGGCCAACGAUUGGGAAUAAGUAUGGAUCUACUACAUAUUAUGAAAUUUGGAUAUGCUGUGGUAAUUGGUAGCAUAAUUAUUAUGAUAUGGAUUUCAAUGAUAGAGUCCAAACAAGUAGAAUCAGUCAUUUACCCUCCUUGUUUCUUCAACCCGCUUUGCAGUUGUUCCAAGUCAGUGCCAGAUUUGGGAAUUGUACGAUGCCAAGAUGUUCAUCUGCCAAGAAUACCAGAAACUGUCAACACGUCCAAAGUAUUUAUGUUGCAUAUGGAAAAUAACGAAAUGAGAACUUUGGAGCCUUACUUUUUACAAAGUACAGGAUUGUAUAAAAUAAUUAUCAGCGAAAAUCCUCUUUCUACGAUAACGGAUGAAGCUUUUAUUGGUUUAGAAAGGUCUCUCUGGGAAUUAGAAAUCAGCCACUGUCACUUAACAAUUGUUCCAAAUAGAGCGAUUCGAUAUUUACAAAAACUCAGGAGAUUAGACUUAACUGGAAACGAUAUCAAUAAAAUAUCUCCUGAAAACUGGAGAGGUAUCGAACAUUCUUUAGAAGUUCUAGUGCUAGCAGAGAACGACAUCAAUCACAUACCUAUAGACACUUUCUCGGGACUGCCAAAUUUGGACACAAUAGAUUUAAGAGGCAACAAUCUGAGGGAAAUCGAUCCUUCUGUUUUUAGAGAUGGUUUGGGCAGACUAGCUUAUUUGAUUCUAGCCGAUAAUCAACUUAGUUCCAUACCUUACCAAGCCCUUCAGCCUUUGAGACUCUUGAAGACGCUAGAUUUAAGCUUUAAUAGAAUUAAUAAAAUGCAGCCUGCAACAGAACCUGGUGUACAGAUUAACCUGAACUAUCAGUUAAAUUUAGACACUUUCAGACUAGAUUACAACCAAAUUUCAUUUCUGGAACCAAUGUCAUUUCAGUACUUCAAUGUAUUGAAUAGAACUUAUUUGGAUGGAAAUCCUAUAACCAAUUUAGAAGAAAAUGCAUUUCGACAAGCAAAAAUCAAAGAACUAUAUCUACGGAGCUGUGGUUUGACACAAAUUAAUCCAGCGGCAUUUGAGGGUUUAGAGAAAUACCUAGAAAUUUUAGACCUUUCAGGAAACAAUAUAUCUCUCUUGCCAGAAGCUGUUUUUCAUCCAUUCCAAUUGUUGAGGUCUCUAUCGUUAAGGGAUAAUAUUUUGCAAAAACUGAAUCCUAUUGAAGAUUUUAAUGGAUUUCAAUUCACUUUGUACAACUUGGAUUUAAGCGGUAAUGAGAAACUUUCAUUGUCACUUCAAGAUCUAAGAAGGUUGCGUAGUCUACGAAGUUUGUCGAUGUCAAAACUAACACAGCCAACCUUAUCUGCUGAUAACUUUUUGGAAUUUGGAAUUGACUUGGAAGAAUUAAAAAUUAACUUUGCAAAUCUGCAAACUAUCAAAAACAAUGCUUUUCAACACGUACAUGGUUUAAAAUCUAUAGAUUUAUCUGAAAAUGCCAUCGGGACGAUUGAAAAUAAUGCAUUUACUGAUAUUGACCAUUCUCUAACCCAUUUGAAAAUAUCUCACGGUCUGUCUUCAUCUUUAGCAAAUAUUCCAGCAGAUGCAAUCAAAGUCCUUACGAAUUUGAAGGAAUUGGAUUUGAGCAACAAUAAACUUAAAAUGAUGCCAGAUACGUCUUUCCAUUCUUUACGCCAAUUGCAAAAGUUGGAGCUUCAGGAUAAUACUAUCGAUGUUAUUCAUAAAGGAACUUUUCAGGGAGAUAUCCAUGAAGAACUCGAAGAAAUCUAUUUAUCGUUUAAUUCCCUAAAAACUAUCAGUCAGCACACCUUCGUCCAUUUACCAAAACUUGAACAACUUCUCUUAGAUGACAACAAAAUAGAAUCUUUGGAAAGAAGAGCCUUUAUGAACUUAGAAAAUAUUAAACGACUCAACCUGAAAGGCAACAAAAUAUCAUCGAUUUCUUUGGAAACGUUUCAAAAUCUACCGGAACUAGAGGAUUUAGAUAUGUCUUAUAACAAAAUAAAAACUUUUGAGUUUACUAUGUUUGACCAAGUGGGAACAUUGUCUAUAUUUUGCGUGAAUAUUAGUCAUAACAGUUUAACUGAGCUAUUGGUUAAUGUACCAAGUACUUUCGAAGGUGCAGUCUGUUCUUUUUGUGAAGGCAUCGGAAGCGUUCAUUCCAACAUCAAACUUUUGGAUUUGUCGUACAAUAACAUUUCUGCGAUUUCCAAACAAUUCUUCAGGCCCGUUGAAUUGUCAUUGACGCAUCUUUAUCUGUCACAUAAUAAUCUUUUGAACGCCAGCAGGGAUGUGUUCGGGAGCUUGAGGCAUUUACAAUGGCUCGAUAUCUCGUAUAAUGGGAUGUAUGAGAUGGAUUUUGACAUGUUUAGAAACACGAAAAAACUACAGGUCCUACUAGCAUCGCACAACAAAAUCGCAGAUGUAGCAAAUGACUUAUUCAGGUUCUUAAGCAACUUAAGAAUCGUGGAUUUGUCUCACAAUCGACUAAGAGCGCUGCCAGACAACCUAUUCCGCGAAGAAGGUCUGGAGAAGUUGGAUCUAUCACACAAUAUGCUAAGCAAACUGCCCUUAACCAGCAUGUCUGUUUCUACUGCCAUAACGGUGUGCGAACUUGAUCUGUCUUGGAAUAGUAUAUCUUCUUUGUCACAUGGAGGGCUGCUGACUAGGUUCAGAAGUUUGAAUUUUCUGGAUUUAUCUUACAACAGAUUAGCAUCCAUUGAUGCUGGUACAUUUAAAGGUUUACCUAAAUUAUCCGCUCUGGAUUUGAGCCACAAUAGCCAACUGGUGUUUGAACCAAAUGGAUUAAGCUUUCAAGGACUAGAGUAUACUCUAUACCAUCUUCAAUUAAACAACAUUUCUCUGUCACAAGUACCAACAUUACCAACACCGCAUUUGAUAUCACUAUCACUUUCUCAUAACUCUUUGCCGACAGUUCCGCCAGAGAUGACAACCAAUUUAACAAAACUUCAGCGAUUGAACUUGGAUCAUAAUGAUUUAACUGCCAUUCCAAUAGUGACUCAUCAACUUGAUGAGUUGAGAUAUUUCUCAAUCGCAGGAAAUCCUGUAACUUUCCUGAGUAACACAAGUCUGCUAGGCGUUGCUGAUCAUUUAGUAGAACUAGACAUAAAAAAUCUUGAACUAAACACAUUAGAGACAGGGGUAUUUUGUAAGAUGUAUUCAUUGCGAACUUUAGAAAUGGACCAAUUUCCUAAUAUAAAAAAUUUAAACAUUCCCAGUCUACUUCAGUUUAACACGGGAUUAAGAAAUCUUGAAAUUCAUGUUGAAGCCCCUACAGAUGAUAAUUUAGAAAAACAAAUGUCUGGAGAGUUACCUUUAAAGUUAAGAAAUAUAACGUUUACAGGGAAAGGUCUUAAAAAAUUAGGAGGAGAUGUCUUGAAUGGAAUUAGAAGUCCAGUGUUUCACUUUGGAGUGCAUAACACAAGUAUAAUGAAACUCGCAGCCAAUAUUUUUGAUGACCUUUAUAGAGUAAAGAACUUAACAGUUGAUGUAAGGGAAAACCAAGUACUUCAAAAUCUACUAAACCCAUCACGAGGACACAUGCCUAAUCUUUAUGGAAAAACGUUUUUAAUCGAUUUGGACAUCACUGGAAAUAAAUGGACAUGUGAUUGUGAUUUAGGGUGGGUUGAAGUCUGGCUCCGAAAACGUCGACAGUACCUAUGCGGAGACAGUCCUCCAGUCGCUGCGUCCUUCACAGACUCCAAAUACACUUGCCGACACGUCGAUGAUGAUCUAAGGACAGCUCUAUGCCAUAACAAGAACAAUCAAACUGUCAUUGAUGUGUUGAAAAGCGACAUUGAAUGCGGCUGGAGCUUUGCACCACGUAUAUCCACACUACCUGUCUUAGUGUUUGUCUUUAUUGUUUCUACGUUACAGUUAAUUUAAACACUGUUUAUUUUGUGAUAUAAUUAUUAUUUAACUCUGAUAAUCCAAUUUUAUGACUGACACCAAAAUAAUUCUUUGUUUCUAGUUCAUUAACUAAUUGUAUUAACAAUUUUUUUUCUAAGCCCAUUUGGCUCUUAAUAUCUUAAUAUCUGAGUAAAAGAUUAUACAAACUAUUGUUAUUUAUGUUAGUACAUGUUUUAUUUGUACAAAAUAAUAGAAUUUUACUUUAAAAUUUGUAGAGUUUAAAUGGACACACUAGUACUUUAUUUAACGUGUUAAGUAUGUACUCAUAAAUUCAGAAACUAAGUAUUUAUUUUAUAUUAUUUUAUUUUGUAUAAUUUUAUUUAACAUGUAAGAAUAAGCAAAAUUCCUAGAUUAGUACCUUAUUAUACAUAACAUAACAUGUUGAUUUUUUUCUUUUACAGUGACCCUUUUUUCUUAAUUUUUGCUGGGUAUGUAUUUUUUUUUGUUCUGUAUUUAUACGAAGUUUUCUGUAUUUUUUCAAUGGUUCCAACUAAAAAAUACAAACAGUUGGCUAAUAACAGUGUAAUCACGAGUGUAACCACUAGUCAAUAUUAGUACUUGAACAUUUGUUUUUCUUCUUCAAGUGCCUUCCUCUAUCGAAGGUUGAAAAUGAUCAUGACCUUGCGCACCCUGUUGACUGCCGCUCUAAACAGUUGUGCACUAGAGCAUUUAAACCAUUCCCUCUAGUUCUUAAGGCAGGAUAUUAUUCGCCUUCCCACAUUUUACUUUCCUCCAAGUUUGAAGAAAGUUUGAAAUGGGAGACCAUUGUACAAGACCGACAAGAGGGGAGGAAAAUAGUAAACGCGACGAAGACUCACGAGUUGUAGACCAAGAAAGAAGAAAAAAAGAAGAAUAAUAAGUUGCACUAAUGAGUAUUUUUAUCCUCUACUCACGUGUUUCUAAGUACUCAAGUUUUCGUCUUUGAUAGUUAAUAUUAUUUUCUAUGCUUUUAGUUACUUCCAUGUUUUACAUUCUUUGAAUCCAUGAUAUUCGUAGAAUUCUUCUGUAGCACCAAAAUCACAAGGUGGACAACUUAUUCAGAUCGGCUUGUUUAAGUGUAAGCCAUAAAGAAGAGUAGAGAACACGUAACACUGAAACAUCUUUAGGCGUUGUUCUAACAUUAUAUCCCGACAACAAAGAAAUUUUUUAAGUUUAAUGGAUGAUGUACGGACUAUUUCAAUAUUGUCUUAAUUUCUUUGGUUUGGUCUACAUUUGCUGUUAUCUAUGUUCAUAAGCAUUUGUAGGUAUCACACUCCCAAUUCUUCUUCUUCUUCUUAGCGUUCUAUCGUCUACGUUUGGACAUAGGCCUCUCUUAACUCCUUCCAUCGGUUUCCAUCCUGAGCAACAUAUUUCAACCCACCUCAUCUGUGGUCUUCUCUCGGUCGUUUACUUUAGUAAGGUCUCCAAUGUUGUAUUGUUGCAUUCCAAAGUUGGUCUUUUUGUCUAGCAGUGUGGCCUGCGAAGCUCCAUUUAAGUUUGGCAACUUUUGUUGUUAUGUCCUCGACUUUUGUUUUUGAUUUUACCCAGUCGUUCCUCUUUUUAUCUGACAGUCGUAUACCUAACAUUGCUCUUUCCAUUGCUCUUUCUGUUGUGGCUAUUUUAUUCAUAUUUGCUUUGGUUAGGGUCCAGGUUUGACAUCCAUAUGUCAUGAUAGGAAGGAUGCACUGGUUGAACACAACACUUUGCUCCUCAGGUAUUGGGGUAUUUUGCGGUUCUUAAGUAUCCAACUAAGUUUUCCAAAUCCUGCACACUCCCAAUUACAGAAUCUUUAAUAAUCAACUGGAUGUUUACAUCUGCUGAUUUAAUCAUGAUCAUGCAUUUAGUUUUCUUUAAAUUUAUCUUCAGUCGGUAAUCAUGACAUCAUUUAUUAAGUUAUUGCAUACCGUUCUGUAAAUCAUUCUUGUUAUCAGUCAUUAUUACUCCAUCGUCUGCAAAAUAUAAGUUAUUCAAAACUUCUCCACUGAUAGAAUAGAAAUACCUUCUAUCGAAUCUGAGUCUAUUAUGCCCACGCCAUUUCUAGAGCCAAAUUGAGUGUCACUAAUUUUACAUACAAGCAUUUGAACAAUUACGCUGUGUAUCAUUUUUUUAAAUAUUUUAAAUGUGUGACUUACUAAAAUUAUUGUUAUGAGAUCUUAGCAGAGGUUGUUGCACUUGACUUUUUGGAAAUUGCUAUAAAGUUCGAUUACAACCACUGGCUGGAGAUUGCAGUCUGGGGUAUUACCAAGAUUUCAACCAUUACAUUUGUAACAUUUUCAUCAAUGGGCACAUCAUCUGAUCAAGUAGCUUUGUUCUCUUUUGUGUUUCGGGUGGUAUGGACGACUUCUUCUUGUAGUAUUGGCGGUCCCGUAUCUUCUGUUGUUUCUAAUCAGAGUUCUUCUCUUUCAUUUUUCAUUGAUCUUUCUAUAUUUUGUAUCUGUGCGUAGUCUUACAGUCAUGUAUGCAUUAUUGUUUAUGUUCACGAUCAGUUUGGAGUACUGUAUCUAUACGACUUUCUUCCAACGCUAUCAUUACGCUGUUAAUUUCUUUCGUAUAGAAUGCUCUGUAAAAGUUUACGAAAGUCAGGACCAGUGGUGGGUUGUAUUCGCUGAAUUUUUGUAUAAUCCCUAUGAUGCUGUGUAGGUGGUUGUUAGUGCCAGACUUUUUUCUACAACCUGCCUAUUCUACAACCUGCCUGUCGGUAAAAAUAUAUUUUUGUUUGCAAUCUAUUUCCUAUAUAUUCUCUAAAAGUCUGUCUCAAUGUUUAUUUCUUUCACGUUCUUCAGUGUGUUCCUUACUUCUUCUAUUGAUACAUAAGGCAUCAAUUCCGGUUCCUUGGUUGAUUAAUCCUUUUUCUAAAUUUUUUUAACUUUUCUAUAAGAUAUUCUUCAUAGUUUUGUUCAAAAUCAUCUAUGAGGAUCAAAUAGUCAUUUUAUAGGAUCUGGUGAUUGUUCCGUUAUCAAAAGAAAAUAAAAAUUUUCUUUAACUAACAAUAAAACACUAAAAACGUUUGUUUUCUAUACUUCCACAAAAUUUAUUAUAACUAAGUGACUACAGCUGUUUCGGCAGAGUGCUUUUCUCAAGUGAUAUAGUUUACAAUGUGUUUGCCUUUUUAAGUCUUCAACUGAAGAGGUUGAGGAGUGGGGAGCUGUUUGUCUCGAGUUGGUCA